CCGCCACCCGCCGCUGGGGGCGCUGUGAGCAGCGGGGCCGCCCCUGGCCCCGCCCAUCCCAUCGCGGCCCGGCCCAUCCCGGCCCAUCCCAUCCCAGCCCAGCCCAUCCCGGCCCAGCCCAGCCCAUCCCGGUCCGGCCCGGCCCGGCCCAUCCCGCCCGGCCGUGCCCGCCGGUGGCCGCCAUGCCGCGGUACUGCGCCGCCACCCGCUGCAAGAACCGCGGCGGCCAGAGCGCCAAGGACCAGCGCAAGCUCAGCUUCUACCCAUUUCCACUUCACGAUAAAGAGAGACUUGAGAAAUGGUUGCGGAAUAUGAAGCGAGAUUCGUGGACUCCAAGUAAGCACCAGCUGCUCUGCAGUGACCAUUUUACCCCCGAUUCCCUGGAUGUGCGAUGGGGGAUACGCUACCUGAAAAAUACUGCUGUGCCAACUAUUUUCUCUUCCCCAGAUGAUGAGGAAAAAGAUUCUUCUCAGAACACUCCACAACAGGUACAGAAAGAAGACCAGGAGCAAACAAAUGUUGUGUUAGAGAAAGUGUGUAUGCAACUUGAACCUUGUACACCAAAGAAAAAUUCUGUGAUUGCACAAAAUGUAGAUGAAAAAGCAGAAGUGGUUUGUUCAACUGCACUGAGUAAACCUUUACAAAUUCAAAACCUGCAGCUUCCGAAUGAAGGUGGCUUUCUGGCAGACAGUGUCAUUCUUGACAGUUCAUCUAAGCAGUACGUACAUCAGCCUAAUCCUGUUUUAAUGACAGCAGCAGUCCAGGGCAUGGAAGCUACCAGUGUUCAUACUUCUGUAGAGGAUUCAGGAGGUUGUACAGCUACAGUCCUGCAGUUUACAGACCCUGACUACUCAAAUUCAUCUCUGAAACUGGACAGUGCCUUAGGCUUGGUUACUGACUAUGCAGUUGAAAAUUCUGUCCCUCACGUGGUCUGUUCUGGUGAAGUGCAGACAAGUGAAGAUGCAGUUCUACUGAGUACAGUCACACAAACUAUUGAACAGUUCAGUGGAAGUGAAGAGUCUGUCAUUGCUAUUAUUAUGCCAGCUGAGAAUCCAGAAGAGCCUGAAAGAGUAAAUAGUUCUUUCCUGCCUGUUAGUGAAGAGUUUCUUGACAUUGAGGGGACAGAAGUGAUUGAAUAUGACAGGAAUGAAAUACUGCAGACUGAGCAUUCAUACUGCAGACAAGACAUAGACAGAGAUCACCUUUGGCAAAAUAUUUCGAAACUCCACUCUAAGAUAACUUUACUUGAAAUGCAGGAAGUAAAAACUUUGGGGAGGCUCAGGUCGUUGGAAGCUCUUAUUAGACAAUUGAAGCAGGAAAACCUACUUUCUGAAGAAAAGCUGAAAAUGGUAGAAAACUACUUUACAACACUCGAAGUGACUAUGAUUCAGUAAAGGCUUUCAAGUGAUGGUUCUAAAAUAUCUUUUUAGCCUCUUUGACUGUACUUUUGGACAAAUUAACUUUUUUUCCAGUUGUGUUUUAAACGUCUAAUGCAAAUUGUGUGAAUAGCAAAUAUUCUUUAAAAUGUUACACCAACCAAAGCUAAGUGGUAGAAUGUUGUCUGUGAGACAUGACUGGAAAGUAAGAUUUAAAAAAAAACACUGAAUUGGGCAAAGUUUUAAGUCUGUAGGCUUCUCUUAAACAUGUAGUGCCUGUAUCUGGGACAGCAGUGGAAUGGACAGAAUAAGCAUAUAGGAUGAAGAAUUAUACAUGUAUAUAUAUGCAUUGUCCAGUGAGGCCAAAAUUGCUCUUUAGUUUUCUGUUCGACUAACAUUUGUUCUGAUAGUUUUUUGUACGCUUUGAUCUUAUUAAAAUUGUUUCUGCAUAAAA